CCUUCAUUUGUUUCUCGUUCUCUUCAACAAUAAUCUCUCUAAAUUCGUUACCCAGGGUCUGGCUAAUCACAGCAGUGUCUGGAGAAUGCUGGGGCAUCACCUGCUGCUGCGUCUGCAGGGUCCUUUCAAUAUCGUUCAUCUUCUGCUCCAGUAAUCUCUGGUGUUUUCGAACUUCCCUUCGUAGAAAAAGGUUUGAACCCGCAAAUCCAAACACUGCUCCCAGGAUUGAGCCGAGACGUGAAUAAUACUUCAGCUUCUCCGACUGUGCCCUCUCCUUCUCGUGCGAGGACAGAAUGGCGUCUCCCAGAGCCUCGAAGCAUUCCCUCUCUUUCAACUUGAGGGACUCAAGACUCACUCCCUGUGACUGUUCCUCUGACAGAAGGCUCUCUUCCUCAGAGUUGAUGGUCUGUAGAGCGGCCAGGUCGCGGCGCUGCGCCUGGUACAGCUGGGUCUUGAUAGCGUACACGUGUCGUAGUCUCUGUUGAAUCUCCUCGUGGAGAGCCGUUGCGUCAGACACGCUCUGUCGCCAUGUUUUCAGCUCUUCCCUUUUUCUCCUCACCUCCGCCUGAGCCAAGGACACUUUAUUUUGUCCAGUUAGCUCCUCCGUGGUACUCCUGACGUAAGACACCAGGUUUACUGGCCUGCCACUGUAUCGUCGAGGAAAAGACUGGACGAGAAACAGCACAGCUCGCAUCUCUCAGCUGAGUCUGUAGCCACGCCCCUAAAACGUCAUGUUCAAAAUUACUUUCGGGUAAUUGGAUAUCCGGUCAUACCAUGUGAAUUUGCCGCGCCGUCGUCGGAAAAGUGACAGGGCUAGCUUAGCCGGAACGGCGAGACAACGAGGGUUCUGCUAGCGUCCAGCCUUCCCUACCCUUCCAGUACCAUCCCCAGCGGUUGCCAGGAGGCAGAGAACCAUGUCUGAGAAAGGCGGGGACGACUUCAGCUCCCCGCGCUCGCUCAGCGACGCGCCUCUGGACGACGAGUCGGUUGGAGACUCUCCAUUUCCCGAUGGCAACCCAGACUCUCUCUCUCCCUCCUCCUCCUCCUUUGCCGUCUUCACCAAAGAGCAGGACGGCUCUUCUUCCUCGGCCCCAGACCCCCACCCCUCAGCACAGACCCAGGACUCUGUCAUCGUGAUAGACGAGGCAGUCCCCCGUGGGUCCCUGGGGUCCGGGGAGGACGGGGAUGAGGCGGGAGAGAGGGACGAAGAUGAUCCUCCCAGACCACCCUCUCCUUCCAGGACAUGUAGCAUCACAGAUGAAGACGCUUUAGGAGUUAGUACAGAGGUCCACCCUCCCAGUGAUGAUCUACUAGAACCUCAUUUUGAGGUGCUGGACAUUGUCGGGAAAGAAGAAGGAGAGGUGGAGAAGAUCGCGAAGUCGGCAGAAACAAAGACAGAAACAAGACCACAGGUUCAGUAAGGAAGGAGGGUGGUGGUGGGAGUAAGAGAGAGAGCUCUUCCCGGGAGAGGAGGGAGAGGGAGGGACGAAGGAACAGGGAUGAAGACGGGAAAGAGGAGAGAAACGACAGAGGAAGAGGAACUCAGAGAGAUAUUUCUCCCAUUACCUUUGACAGAGGCCAGAAAGGCUCAGCAGAUUCGAAGCACCAAGGAAGCAAAAGUGGGCACGUAAAGGAGCGAUUAGGACCAUCUCCAGAGCACUCUGCCACAGGGCCACACAAGAUAACCGACAAGCUCUUUGCCAACACGCGCUACUUUGUCAUAAAGAGCAACAACUUUGAGAACGUGGAGAUUGCCAAAGACAAGUCGGUGUGGUCGACUCCGCCCUACAAUGAGAAGAAGUUGAACAAGGCUUACCGAGACUGUCGGAACGUGAUUCUCAUAUUCUCAGUCAGAGAGAGUGGAAGGUUUCAAGGUUUUGCGAGGCUGCAGUCUGAGUCACGUCACGAUGGACCCCACGUACCCUGGAUCCUGCCGCCCGGCAUCUCUCAGGCUCAGCUGGGUGGUGUCUUCAAGCUGGAGUGGAUCCACAAGUUAGUCGCUUGAGAGAAAGAGGAGAGGGGGGGAAUAAGAGAAAGAAGAGAGAGGGGGUGUUGGGAAAGUUCCUUCACUUAACUCCAUUACUACGUUCACUUAGCUCACACACACAUACGCACACUUCCAGGGGUUGUCUGGACUUCAACAUGUGUCAGGACCUAAAGAAUCCUUGGAAUGACAAUAAACCGGUCAAAAUCAGCAGAGAUGGCCAGGAAAUUGAGCCCACAGUAGGCGAGCGUCUCUGUCGACUCUGGAUCAAGAUAGAGUCUGAGGACGACUUUCCACACACCACUGUACCGACGUCACGUCACUCCGUCCAUCCUCAUGCACACCACUUCCAGCGACAAAUGCCGCCCUACUCAAACCCGUAUCCCGCCUUUCACCAUGGUUACCAUCCCGCCAUGAGUCACAUGAUGCAGCCCGAUGCACGAAGCGGACGCCUCCUCCUCCCCUCGUCCAUGGUCUUUCCCCCUCCAAGGUUAGGUCACACCCCCUUUUUCAAGGCCCGGCCCUGGUGGGGUCCCCCACCCCCCAAUUUCAUGCCCCCCCACGGGCCCCCUAUGGCAAUGAACCACGGACCCCCUCCUCCGCUGCAACACCACCCAAAUUCAAAUUACCCCCACAAUCACCCGGGGCCACCGCCCCCAGGGGAAAAUUCGUCGUCAUCGGCUGCUGGGACCAAUGGAGGAAACGGCGGGGGGGCCCCGCAGAACUUCCCCAACCCCCUCUCCUCGGGUGGGCCUCCCUCACACAGCUAUUCGGCCUUCCGGAACAAUCUCCGGACUAACCCCCCGCCAAUGAGCUACUCUGCCAAACGCCUACAGCAACAGCAGCAAUCCACAGUCUACCAUCCCUCUGAUAAAGAACCCGGCGAUGGCUCCCCACCGGAGGGGGAAAAAGUCGAGACAAACGAGGAAGUCCCUCUCAUUGAAGCCAAUCAGGAUUCAGUCUCUUCCACGUAGCCGUGUAUUCGGCGGUGCUUCUUCUUGCCAACCUAUCUCUCGCUCUCUUAACCUCUUUAUCCUUGUCUUCUGUUCUCGAGCAUCUUCUAAGAGCUCUGCCUGGCCGGCAGGGGGUGUGUACGUGUUUACGGGCCUUUUGUGGGAAUACAUGAUCACCUGAGAAAAAUCGAAAAUAAUUCAAAAAUGUCCCCUCUCAAAAAAAUUUGUGGAUUUUUAGUCUCUUGUGCCAUGUGACUUUAAAGUAAUGAUAAGUAAUACGUGAACUUUUGUGGACCUUUUUGGAACAUUUACCUAAUGGACAAGAGCACCUUGAACUGUAUUAGUGGAUGUAGCCCUCAUUGUUUCUAUAUUGGACGUCCCAUCUGUUAAUUGGACAGCCUACUUAGUACCCAGACUGCAUAAUCACAUAAUUCUCUAGGACAAUUGUUGGACUGCGCAUCUCUCUCUCCUUUCAUUGAGACUGGAAAAGGGUGCCACCGUCUCUAAGGACUACAGUUGUACAUAUGUGUUGUUCGAGUCAUGUGGGCGGGGCAAUGCCUAGAGACACGCCCCCUCUCUCCUCCCAUUUGUGCCCUAACAAGCUUCAACCAACGAAGGAUAAAAAGACAUUCACACUCCCCCAAUUUCUCUCUCUUUCUCUCUCUCACUCUCAUUUAGUACCCACACUGUUCUGGUUUGCUGUGGGUACGCCCAAUAGAUUUUGUAUUUAUAUCUGGAAAAACACUGUCUUUUUUACUGUUUAGGUAUUUGGACACACGUAGCAAUGACUAUUAGAGUGGGACAAUUUUUGCACUUUUUUGAUACUUUUUUAUUCGUCAAUGUCAAAUUUUUUAGAGUCAAAUUUUUCUCUACUGUUGCUAGCAAUUUUAGUGCCUCAGACUUUCCACCGGUGAGAAACCCUGCCCCAAUCCUUAAAGUUUAACCCUUCUCUGCAUAAAUUUAACCCUUCCUGUCCCCGUAUGCUCCCUGAGUGUCUGUGUGUUGCAUGUGGACUCUCUCUCCCGUCAUGUGACAUGUAUGUGGCAGCAAGCAGUACAUGACCGAGGCAGCUGCUCUCCUGGACUCUCGGAAGAAGAGGACGGUCGAAGAGAGGGCGUCGCCACCGGCCAGCAAGAGGAGUGCCACUGUCUCCAGCAGCGAACGACGUCACGGAGAAUCCUCCUCGAUGUCCCGCAGUUCUCACCGCAGUGUGAGGGAGGAGGGAGGCCAUCGGGAGAGAGGGAAGGAGAGGAGGGGGAGGAGCCGGAGUCGCAGCCACAGCAGAGAGAGAGACGGCCGGAGCGGGAAAUCUGUCCGAUACGUCCGGAAAGAAGACAAGACGAAAAAGAAGAGAUCUCCAAGCCCCAGCUUUGAAGAGGAUUUUGGUGUGAGUAAAGAGACUCUCCUCCACGGGUCCUAUGCCGACUACAUAAAAGAGUACUCGGCCAGGUCUGGUCGUGCCGGUGGGGGCUCUGGGCAAUCCUCCAGCCACCAGCCACACCAGACGCCGGCCAUGUUGGCCAACCUUGCUGCGGCGUACCAAAAGGCACUCAACCAGUUCACGACAAAACUGGCACAGCAGGACCCCUCCAAAAUGCCUCCAAUGGACCCAAAGACCUACUCUCGACUGGUGGAAGAGUUCCUUUCCAAGACCCAGGGAACUAAAUCCAGUCACCGCUAACAAACUCUGCCUUGGGCCGAGCUAAUGUCGGAUCAAUUUUUCUCUAUGUGAUGCCUUUCCUCUUGAGAAAAUGGUUGAACAGUU